AUGAAACAUACGAAGCAUGUGCUUGAUGGGCAUGAUACAACCCAUCUCGCCCUCUUCGAGAUCAAUGCACCCAAACUCAUACUCGGCCAUGAAGCACAAGAAGAGCGUCCCCACCGAAACGCCACCGCCCUUUUCUUCUUGAUUCGGGUCAGCGCCCAAUUACAACAAGCUUUGCAAGAGCUCAGGGAUGGAGAAGUGAUUGCCGAUGGAGCAUGCCUCCAAACCGUGUGCAAACUAGGUCACAGCACAUGGUCAAGCAAAGGUCGACCAGCCUUCUCUCGAACGACCCGCGUGGUCAGGAUUUGA